AUGGCUAGAACAAAGGAAACGAGAAAAAAGUUACUUCACAAGUCCGUUGCACAUCGUGCCCAUCACAUGGGUCAAAUAAUUCAACGUAUCAAACAAAAGAUUGGCAAUCGUUCACGAAGCAGAAACAGUGGCACUACUAGUGGGUCAAGAACAUCUGCUUACACUAGUAGUAGUAGCGAUGCAUCAGAGCAAACGGAGAGUCAGAGUGGUCUAGAUACCGAGGGAGACAUGCUGGUAGACCGUCAGCAAGCGAUAUCAAUUAUCGCGAAAAUUUCAUCGGAGAAUCCGGAGUUAGAAGAUCUUUCUGAAAGCGAUAGAAAAGUGUUAGCACAGGCAGCAUGUCUGACAAAUAAAGAAGAUAUACUUGAAAACAGUUUUGAUUUCGGUGCCGACUACCGUGAGUAUGACCGCAAAGGCUACUCACCACUCCACUUAUCAGCUGCAUGGGGAUGGUGCAAAUCGGUCAAGUUCCUCAUCGACAAUGUCGACAUUGAUGUUUUCAAGACAACAUUUCUUGGGGAAAAACCUAGCGAGUUGGCUCGCAGGUACGGCCAGACCGUUUGUCUUGACAUGCUGCUAAAGGCUGAAGCCAAGAACGCAUUGCUAAGCUACAUUAAAGAGACGAAGGACAUGAUCGCGGAUCAAGAUCGCGUGCAAGGAAAACUCACGAAGGAUGAGAUUAAGAUCAUUUCUAACGCAUGCAACGGAAAGCAUGAGUGGGUAACUGACAGCUAUCAAAAGGUAGCAACUGCGGAAAUCAGCAAGGCAAAAGAUGACUUAUGCAAUGCAAUCUCUACUAUUAUAGCUAAAGUUAAUAACCAAAAAUAGAUCUACAAUGUACGGUAUCAUAAGGUGGUCAUUUAGAACGUCAUUUAAUUUCAAUAGCUAUUAUGGACUACGGGCUUUGUAUUGUUUUAUGAUGAAUUGCUUAAAUUCGUUAUUAAAGUUAGAACGUCUAUAGUAUAACAUUUCUCUCUCUCUCUCUCUCUCUCACGUCAGUCUCCUGGGCGACACAGGUAACUUGUGAACUUCCUCAAUAUCGAACACGUCAGUCUCCUGGGCGACACAGGUCAUUUGUGAACUUCCUCCAUAUCGCUCGGUUAGUCGCCUUCCGCUCCAUUACCCUCCAGGUGUCGCCCUUCUUUUUGAGUUCCGCCUCCGAAUCUCGCCUCCAGGUUACUUUAGGUCUUCCUACCCGACGUCUUUCUUGCGGGUUCCAGCUCAGCGCCGUGCGUGUUAUGUCGGUCGCUUCCUUCCGCAGUGUGUCACCCACCCAGCCCCAUUUCCU